UUUGGUCUCAUAUGAAGCGUCCUUUGGCACUCCAACAGAGCCAUCCUAAGCAGGCGUACGCCCUUCGAAGGCUGUUGAAGUCAACGAGCUUAGAAGGGUGUAACUCUGCUUCGGAUGGCGCUCUUAAACACUUCAAGUUAGGGGCCUGAGUCUACUCGUGUGCGCUUGUGUGUUUUGUCCGUUAUUAGUUUUUUUCUGCAAGUUUCCAUUUCGUACACAUACAGGAGAAAGACUGACGAUAGUAAAUAACAACAUGAAGGCACUUAUGUUUGUAAAGAUCAGUUGGUAGGCAAGAGCAUAAUUAGUUGCUUCUGGUUGCGAAUGUUUCUGGCACAGGAAACUUGCCUGUCUUUGAAGUGCUCCUGGACUCUUCAUUGCCAAACGGCCAACUCAAUUAUUUUGGGAUUUGUGAUCAGUAUCACCAGAAUGGAUCUCUGAGGCAUCACAGAAGGUGUAUUGGCCAGAUCCAAAUAACAGAGAGGGGGUGACCCCACCCCAAAAUAUUUUCUUGGGAAGGUCUGAGGACACCAUUCUACAAGCUAAACAAGUUUCGAUCUGGUCAGUGACUGAAAGUACAACUAGCUGCAUAUUCCUUGAAGUAAGGCAGAAAGGAAACACUUUUUUCUCAUGGUUCUGUGUCCCUCUGCAUAAGACGCUUUCCAGGUAAUGUCUUUACAGUAUGCGUGCUUUAUUUCAGCAUAUUGUGGGUUAAUUGAAUGGUCUUGCCCCUCUGUUCUAUGGUGUCAUUCUAAGAACAUUUUCCUGGGAGUAAGCCACAUAGAAUAGUUCUGAGUAAAUCCGUUUGGGAUUGUUCUAUAAAUGUUGUUCUACCAACUGAAUGAACAGGUUACUUGGUUUGAUGCAUUUUUUUUGUUCACCCUUUGGAUGUCACCUCAACUGCAGUCCUGCAAGCACUAACUGGGAGCUUCUUGUUUAACCCACUGUGGCUGUUAGUGCAAGGAAAUGGCAACAUUAUUGCCUGAGUGAACUGAUUCAAUAAAGGAAUCCAUGGCCUUCAGUUUACAAGAUCUUAGCAAAACUGCACAUUGAUAGGAUGUUUUGGAAGUUGUAAGUUUUGGGGCUUGACAUUUGAUGGCACAUAACACAUACAAACUGUCCUGGUUGAUUUGGGAGGGAAGGGCAGACAGAUGUAUCUUAUAGAGGUACAAAUGUUCCUGUAACUUGUAUGUCAUUCCACAUGUCAUUCCUAGAAAUUUUGAGCCUUUAUUUGCAGGCUGUUUUUGCCCAUUUGUUCCUCUGUGUUUGUACAUCAUUUUCACAAGUGCAUUUAUUUAUUUUCUUUUAUCAGUUUACUUGGCUAUGAUGUGGUCUCAACUUUAAUUUUAUUUAUGUUAUUUAUAGUCCACCUUUCUCUCUGAGACUUAGGACAGAUUACACAAUGUAAGUCAGUACAGUCAAUUUCAAAGACAUUCAAUAAACAAUGUAAUAGGAUAUAUCAAUGCAAUUUGCAAACUAGCAUUUAAAACUAGCAGGAAUCCAGUACAGAGUUGAAGAAAUGUUAGAGCAGAAGAAAUUCUAAGACUAACAUAUUAAACAACACUGAAACCAUCCAGUAGGGUUAUACUUAAAGCUACAGACAUAGUCUUACAGUACAUAGUCUUAUCCUUUUAUUAAUGCAUCUCUUUGAGGUUUCUCAUUCCCAGAAAAUUUUAUCAACGGAUGUAUGAAUGCAUUUUCAGCAUUAUUCAAGAGCUGAAGGACCUGUGCCACAAAUUGAAUGAGAACUAUGUAAAUUAGUACCAGAAAGAAUGAUGAGGUGGGGCUGACUGCAAUUCAAUAAUGAGGUUCAUCUUGACAUAAUCUAACCAUGGACUUCUUCUUACUUCAGAGGGAAAAAUCCCUACAAUCAAAGCAUAUUUACGAUACAGUAAGUCUUGUUAAAAGUGGUAGUUGUAGUAGUUGAAAGUAUUGUCAAGUCACAGCUGACUUAUGGUGAUCCCGUAGGGUUUUUAAGGCAAGACAUUCAGAUUGCUUGGCACUGGUUAGCAACCCUGUACUUUGGUGGUCUCUCAUCCAAGUACUAAUGAGGGCCAAUCCCGCUUAGCUUCUGAGAUCUGACAAAAUCAGGCUCAUCUAGGCCAUCCAGGUCAGGGCCAGUGGUAGUUACUUCUGAGUAAAUUACUAUAAAUUGUGCUGUGAUUUGUUUCCUGUUUGUCAAGAACUUUUGCACCACUUCCCGAUUCAACUUUGUUUCAGCAACUUCAAUAAUAUUUUUCCCUGUCAUCCUUGUUGAAGGCACUGAUGUGAACUCAUUUUGCUCCCAAAGUGACACUUUUUUUUGUCUUAGAUUGCUCAAAAUGUUACGCAGUGAAAAAGUAUAUGACAUAUUUAAAUGAAAUUGUACAACUGAAGUAACUGUGAAGAAGUUUAGAGUGGCAAAAUGAGCACUGAAGAUAAGGAAAAUCAGUCUUUUGAACCACAUGAAAACACCGUGAAAACUCCUCUGAAACAGUCAGCUACAUCCAAUUUGUUCUUGGCAGAGAUCCAGCCUGCUGCUUCUUGCCAUCUGACAACACCACCAAAGCCUAAUGAAAUCUCUUCUGGAGAUCCAUGGACACCAACAGCUAACCUUAAAAUGUUGAUCAGUGCCGCUAGUCCUGAGAUCAGAAGUCGAGAACAAGGGAAAAAAUUAUUGGACAGCAGAAGUGAAAUCCUUGAGGAGCAUUUAUCAGGAGACGAAUAUGAAAAAUCCCAACCAAGUCGUAAAGAGAAAAGCUUAGGAUUGCUGUGUCACAAAUUUUUAGCUCGCUAUCCUAGUUAUCCCAAUCUGUCGAAAAAUAAUGAAAUUUGCCUUGAUGAAGUAGCAGAUGAGCUUAAUGUUGAACGCAGACGCAUAUAUGACAUCAUGAAUGUUCUAGAAAGUCUUCAUAUGGUGAGCCGGCUUGCCAAAAACAGGUAUGUUUGGCAUGGGCGCCAUAAUCUUAAAAGAACACUACAGAUUUUGAAAAAAGUGGCAGAGGAGAACAAAUACAUGCAGCAAAUACAGUUGAUUAAAAAAAGAGAAUGUGGAGAAGAGCCUGCAAGAGAUAAUCAGAGGAUUGACUUGAUGGUGAAGCGUGAUAUUCCAAGCAACCAUAUGGAUAUAAGCUUUGUUGAACUUCCUGGGAUGGAAUUUCGAGGAGCUUCAGUAAACAGUCGUAAGGACAAGUCGUUAAGAGUGAUGAGUCAGAAAUUUGUGAUGUUGUUCCUUAUAUCAAUCCCUCAAGUUGUGAGUCUUGACAUUGCUGCUAAAAUUUUGAUUGGCGAAGACCAUGUUGAGAAUUUAAACAAAAACAAGUUUAAAACUAAAAUCCGGAGACUGUAUGAUAUUGCUAAUGUUCUCAGUAGCCUUGAACUGAUUGAAAAAGUUCAUGUUAAAGAGAAGAAGGGCCGCAAACCAGCAUUUAAAUGGACAGGACCAGAUGCUUUUUCAGAUGUUCACGAUACACCAUCUGUACUUACACCCACUACUAUUGCUCCAGCACAUCUAGUGGAACAGAAAUCUUCCAAAGAGCAUUGCUCCAAGAACCUUUUCCCCUCAAGAUGUAAACAAGGCUUCACACGGCAUCCAUCCUUAAUAAAAUUGGCAAAAACUACACAGAGUGAUUGUAGAAAAAUUCGUUCUGCUCCAAGCAGUCCAAUCAGGAAUAACACAGGUCAAAUUCCAUCAAGCUUUCCAAGCAAGAUGGCUCAACUUGCAGCCAUCUGCAAACAGCAAUUAGAUGAGCAAUCGAGGGAAUUCAAAAAGACAAAACUGAAACUGGUAUCCUCUCCCUUGCCAUGCAGUUUGGCUUUGCCUCCUGAAUCUUGUUUGAAAUCUGAAACAUUCUUGUUGCCUUCUUGUGUCGAGUUCCUACCUCUGACACACAGCUCAGCAUCUCCACCAAUACUACCUCAUAUCCAUUCCAACGUGUCAUAUGCAGUAUAUGUGCACCCUUCCCAAAUGCAGCUAGCAACAGCAUGCAAUCCAAGUUUCAUGAUGCAGCCAGUUUCCUGUGCUAAUGUAGUUGGAAUAAAGUACCCUGCAGAAACUAGUUCAAAACCAGCACUUGGUAAAAUGCUUACUAAAGGCAGUGACAUCAGCUUGGGAGAGAGUGAUACGCUUGCUAAAGAUGAAGGCAUCAGGGUUGCCAAGAAGCAAGAAGUUUCAAAAGAUGACUGUAUACCAGAGAAAUUUCUUAAAAGGUGUCAAGUAGUACCAGCGGAUAGUCCAAUUAAAAAAAGUAAAAGUGAGGAGGUAACGCUUCAGGACAUGUUACAGGACCCUCAUAUUUAAAGUGGCUGUGGAAAAAAAGGCUAAAAGGAAGAUAAGGAGUGGUACAAUUUUCUAUGGGAUGAUAUCACCAUCAACAACAGUUCUGAAUUUAUUUUGCAUAAAUGAAAUCAGUGAACGUCAAAAUCAAGACUGCAUAUAAGCUUUCAAUGAAUAUGUUAUCCAUCCCUGAGUUAAUACAAAUUUCUGUUUGACUGUAUUCCCUGUGGGAGUUACACACUUGCAAUGCUGUCAUAUUUUUAUUUUACUUAUUUAUGUCAUUUAUAGUCCACCUUUCUCACUUAGACUCAAGAUGGAUUACAUAGUGUGAGAUUAGUAUAGUCAAUAUCAAGGACAUUUCAAUAAAAGUGCCAUAAGGUAUAUAAAUUUAAAUUUACAAAGACUAACACCAGCAAAAAUCUAACUUAGAAUUGAAGGAAUGCUGAAACAGAGCAUAAGUAAUUCUAAGACUGACAUUAAACAACAUAGAACUACUCAGUAGGAUCAUAUUCAAUGAAACAAAUAGUACAUAAUAGCACAUACUUGAAGCAACAGAUAGGAACCAUAGACUUCACCACUAUGUACUGUCUUUGAAGUGAAGCAUCCCUUUGAAACCACCUCCCUACAGUACAGUCCUAUCUGAGUAAAAAGCCCUCUUGAAUUGUUCAGUUUUGCAUCAUUUGAGGAAAGCCAGGAGAGUGGAGGCUCUUCUGACCUCCUCAGGCAGGCCGUUCCUUAGGGUGGGGGCCGCCACAGAAUGCACAUGUACCAGCGGCUGUUGAUUUUGCCCAUAUGCAGGGUGCCUUGAAUGAAUGAAUGCUGCAUUGAAUUGCACUGUUCAUUUGUUGAAGAACAGAGAAGAAGGGUCUUGCAUGACUAAAUGUGCUGCUGGAAUUAUAUCGAUACAUUGUAUAUGGAAAAUGAAAAAUUAGGGCAAUGGCUGAGCUAUCUGAUGGGGAAAUUUCUUUAAUAAAUUUCUUCUGCCGCCAAUUACAAAUUUCCCUUCUACCACUUACUCAAAUAUAAUUCAAAACACCAACCACAGUGAUACAGAGAAAUAUUAGUUUUAUUGUUACACAAAUCUCAGAUGCAUGAGGUUCCCGGGGCUGAUAUGUACUGAGCUGCCUUAUCCUUAUGCCUAAAUAAUGCUAAAUUGUUUACAGAACAAAAUGAAUCAAAAGAUCAAAAGAGAUUAUUACAAACGGUUCACUUAGACUUCAUCUUACAGAGAAUAGCACCAUUACUUUGAGUGGCAAGAUACAAUUAAAAUACUUAAUACAAAUAAGAAUCCUUUCUGACUACUUGUGGUAAGGCUGGUACGUAAACAAUCCGCAAUAUGAAGUGUCCAAGGCUGAAUGUGGAACCCUUAUUCUAGAUAAAAAUUGCUUAUAGUUACGUAUUUCCAAAGUUGUGUAGCGUCAUACCGACCUGCAGCAUAGUAACAAUCACAGCAAGAGACAUAGAAUGUACUCUUUAGGUGUUUUCCAUAAAUUUCACAUGCCAGGCAAAGUUUCUUGCUCACAAAACUAAAAUGGUAGGGGUCUUUAUUAAAAAUUCCCUAAUGGUACCUUAAGAGGAAAACCAUGACAUUUGUCAGAAAUAUUUAUAAAUGGCAUAUUUUCCCAUUUUUCCUAGACUUGGAUUCCUUCAAGUUACCUUAUACCUCUUUCUCAAUGCACCCAACUUGGUAAUGAGACCGCUGACUCUAACAAAGGGAAAUCUGAGAUG